GUGCGCACAGGCGGCGGCAGUGGCCGUCACUGGGCGGCAUGGCGGUGUGCGCUCGCCUCUGCGGCGUGGGCCCGUCGCGCGGAUGCCGGCGCCGCCAGCAGCGCCGGGGCCCGGCCGAGACGGCGGCGGCCGACAGCGAGCCGGACACAGACCCGGAGGAGGAGCGCAUCGAGGCUAGCGCUGCGGUGCUGGCCGGGGUGGGGGGCGGCUUGUGCGCGGGCCCCUCGCCGCCGCCCCCGCGCUGCUCGCUGCUGGAGCUGCCGCCCGAGCUGCUGGUGGAGAUCUUCGCGUCGCUGCCGGGCACCGACCUACCCAGCUUGGCCCAGGUCUGCACGAAGUUCCGGCGCAUCCUCCACACCGACACCAUCUGGAGGAGGCGUUGCCGCGAGGAGUAUGGUGUUUGCGAAAACUUGCGGAAGCUGGAGAUCACAGGCGUGUCUUGUCGGGACGUCUAUGCGAAGCGUAUAAACCCUCGCGUGAAGUCGGGACGUUUUGUGAAAAUUCUCCCUGAUUAUGAGCACAUGGCGUACAGAGACGUUUACACCUGCCUGCUUCACCGAUAUAGACACAUUUUGGGAUUGUGGCAGCCAGAUAUCGGGCCAUACGGAGGACUGCUGAACGUGGUGGUGGAUGGCUUGUUCAUCAUCGGGUGGAUGUACCUGCCUCCCCAUGACCCCCACGUCGAUGACCCCAUGAGAUUCAAGCCUCUGUUCAGGAUCCACCUGAUGGAGAGGAAGGCUGCCACAGUGGAGUGCAUGUACGGCCACAAAGGGCCCCACCAUGGCCACAUCCAGAUUGUGAAGAAGGAUGAGUUCUCCACCAAGUGCAACCAGACGGACCACCAUAGGAUGUCUGGCGGGAGGCAGGAGGAGUUUCGGACGUGGCUGAGGGAGGAAUGGGGGCGCACACUGGAGGACAUCUUCCACGAGCACAUGCAGGAGCUCAUCCUGAUGAAGUUCAUCUACACCAGUCAGUACGACAACUGCCUGACCUACCGCCGCAUCUACCUGCCGCCGAGCCGCCCCGACGACCUCAUCAAGCCUGGCCUCUUCAAAGGUACCUAUGGCAGCCACGGCCUGGAGAUCGUGAUGCUCAGCUUCCACGGCCGGCGUGCCAGGGGCACCAAGAUCACGGGCGACCCCAACAUCCCCGCCGGGCAGCAGACGGUGGAGAUCGACCUGAGGCACCGGAUCCAGCUGCCCGACCUCGAGAACCAGCGCAACUUCAAUGAGCUCUCCCGCAUUGUCCUGGAGGUGCGCGAGCGGGUGCGCCAGGAGCAGCAGGAAGGCGGGCACGAGGCGGGCGAGGGUCGCGGCCGGCAGGGCCCCCGGGAGUCCCAGCCAAGCCCCGCUCAGCCCAGGGCAGAGGCGCCCAGCAAGGGCCCAGACGGGACACCUGGUGAGGAUGGUGGCGAGCCUGGGGAUGCCGUGGCUGCGGCCGAGCAGCCUGCCCAGUGUGGGCAGGGGCAGCCGUUCGUGCUGCCUGUGGGCGUGAGCUCCAGGAAUGAGGACUACCCCCGAACCUGCAGGAUGUGUUUUUAUGGCACAGGCCUCAUCGCGGGCCAUGGCUUCACCAGCCCUGAACGCACCCCCGGGGUCUUCAUCCUCUUCGAUGAGGACCGCUUCGGGUUCGUCUGGCUGGAGCUGAAAUCCUUCAGCCUGUACAGCCGGGUCCAGGCCACCUUCCGGAACGCAGAUGCGCCGUCCCCACAGGCCUUCGAUGAGAUGCUCAAGAACAUUCAGUCCCUCACCUCCUGACCGGCCACAUCCUUGCUGCCACAUCCCGGGCGGCUCUGGGGCUCUGAACUCUGACCUGUGAAUAGAAGCAGCAUGCACUUUGGAAAUCCGGCCUUUUGACCAGAACGCACACCUCGUCGGGGGGCCCAGCCCAGCCACCCCCCAGCACUUUAUGUAGAGAGUGUGACGUAGACCUGCAUAUUUGUCAGUGCCAUGAUGGAAGCAGCUGAGCAAAAAAAGAACGAGCCUGAAUGCAGCAGACCUAGGGGACAGCCGCAGGACCGCGUGAGAAUUGAAGCGGUGGGGUUGCCGCACCCUGGGCUGGCUGGCGGUUUUCUCGGGAAACGGGACCCUCCUGACUGGCGCUCUUCCUGUGAGCGGAUAGAAUGAUAGACUGGGUCGUGUGUGAGACCCAUGUGCUCCACCCCACUCCUUUUGGGGGAAGCCGGGCAACAGUGGCCUCUGGGAGGGGGUCAGGAAGAGGCGAACAGCCCAGGCAGCGCAGGUGUGACGGGCACAGUAUGCAGAGAGCAAGCUCGGGAAGUUGGUAGGAUCUCAGGCUUGGGGCCGGGACUCUGGAGUGAAUCCCCAUUUCUCUACCAGCUUGCUUGGAGUUUGGACAAAAGCAUUUCACCUCUGAUCUCAGCUUCCCCACCUGUGCAGUGGGUUUAGUGACCUGAGUCACUAGGGAAUGUCACUUGAACGCACAGCCCAGCCCAUGCACCUGCCCCAGCCCCUCUUCUCCAGCUCUGGAGCCAAGGCCAUCGUUCCAGCCACUUGACUGUCCUUGACGGCCUGUUCCAGACAGGGCGUUUGUUUUGUCCAUGCCUUCCUCCCUGCACGCACGCCGUGUCAAAGCCAAGCUGCCAGCCACUUUCUCCAGAACGCAAGGCUCCAGGCCCAUGUGUCUGAAGCAGUGAGUGGUCCACACAGGUGCCAGGAGUGCCCGUAUGAGAGGACGAGGAAACCCCUUUGCAGGUGAGGGGACAGCUUUCUAGGAAAGCCACACCUGCAUCUGGGGACACACUUUGGAAAGCGGGACCCUCCAGCUUGGAGACCCCAUGGACUGAUGCCUCCACUGCUGUGUGCCCCAUGUCAUGUUAACACCUGCGUGUGGGGACCCCAUCUGAGGUCUUCGCUGAGGUUGGCAUCUCCUGAAGAACGGAGAGCAUGGUGCCCGGAGCGGGCCCUUCCCCCAGCCCGCAGCCAGCUCCGUGCCCGAGUGGGCGUCCUCAGCGAGCCUUCCCUCUCUGCCACUUGUCCUUGUGUCUGGGCUGCUCCAAGUCCUUGUGCUGGGCACCCUGGACACGUCCUGCUGGUAAGGGACCUCGGGAAGGUGACAGUCUGUGUGCCUUUGUGUGGAGACCAACCUGAGGAUGUCCUGGGAAAUGUUUUCCUGAUGAAUUUCUCCUUGACUGGCCUUUAAAAAAAAUAAGAAUUCCCAUUGCCCAGCCUCAGUGCAUUUGGCAAAUUCUUACUUCGCUUCCCAGAGUCAGAGAAUUGGCAAAGGUUCCUAAAUAGUAAUCUGGCUGGCCUGGGAGAAAGACUCACGAGAAAAGCCAGUGGAGAAAGUGCCCUUCCAGGGCGGCAGCAGCGGGAGCCACACAGACCCCGAGGCGCGCCUGCCGGCUCUCGUGUGUGGCCCGUUUCUAGCGGCUUUUGCAGCAUUAGCCUACAAGCUUUGUCACUCCCUGCCGUCUGUGGUGGUCAGUUUUUCUCUCGUGCCAAAUGAGGCAGUCCCUGAGUGACGGUGACUGCGGCCUUGAAGCCUGGAGGACCGUUGGGCAUGUAGACUGGCACCUUGAAGAUUCACCAUUGUUUAAAUAAAAUCAAGCAAAUGCAUUUUUUACCAAGAGCCCGAGGCUCGCUCUAAGGGACGCAGUCCUAGAGGUGUGCCCUUUGGGGCUUGAAGAGCACACUGUGGGAGGCACGUGCUUCUGAUUAAAGGAAUCUCAGAUCUCA